AACUAUAUAAAAUUUAAUCUGAGGUAUCAAUGUAUAAACUCCACAUUCUCGAAAUUUCAGUGCAAAGGAGAGCAGCCCACUGAAUGUGUGACGAUACCCCGUUCACUUGACGGUCGUCUACAAAUAUCACAUCGCAAGGCUCUUCCUCACGUCAUCUACUGCCGAGUUUAUCGAUGGCCUGAUUUGCAGUCACACCACGAACUGAAGGCUAUCGAUAGCUGCCGGUAUUGCUAUGACUCUGGCCAGAAAGAGAUAUGCAUCAACCCUUAUCACUAUCGCCGUAUCGAAAGCGAUGGUGUUCUACCUCCGGUUCUGGUUCCAAGGCAUUCAGAAUUGCCACCGGCUUCCAUACCACCAGGAAUUCGACGAAUGCAAGCUAUGGAGGCAUCCGGAUCGUCGAUGCCGCAGAAUGUGGAAAUCGCUGGACUAUUCAAUCAACUGAGAUCACUUUAUAGAAGGUUUCCCGAGAAUAUCCUCGACGUUUUUCAGGUUCAAUGUGUUCAACCUGAACAUUGGGCAACAAUCAGCUACUACGAGAUGAAUACUCGAGUUGGUGAACAAAUUCGAGUGACGUCUUCACCGGUGUACAUCGAUGGCUACACGGAUCCGACAAAUAAUCCGCAAAAAAUCAGUCUUGGUCUAUUUUCUAACGUCAACCGAAAUCCACCGAUCGAAAAUACCCGACGGCUCAUCGGAAAAGGAGUGAAGCUAACCUAUGUACGUCAUCAAGGCACGUUAUUUGCCGAAUGCGAAUCGGAUUCGGCAAUCUUUGUGCAAUCACGGAAUUGCAACUAUAUUCACGGCUUUCAUCCAACUACGGUCGUCAAAAUCGCUAAUAAAUGUUCUUUGAAGAUCUUCGACGAGCAAUGCUUCCGGAGGGUUAGUUGCAUAUCCUUUGCAGUAAACCACUGA